AUGCAUUGCCAGACGAUUGCUACUGAGUAUUACCAGAGUAUGCAGGCCCUAAUAUUUGCGGUGGAAGAGAUAAAUGGAGAUCACGAGCUUCUUCCCAACAUCACCUUGGGCUUCCAGAUUUUUGACAAAUGCACCACCCUAAGGCGCUCAGCACAAGGAGCUCUUUGUAUGCUCUCGGGUGGGAACAAAAUAACACCAAAUUAUCGCUGCCACAAUGGGGCGCCUCUUGCUGGUGUCAUUGGCGACUCUGGUUCCACACAUUCCAUUCUUAUGGCAGAAAUAUUAGGGCUUUACAGAUAUCCACAGAUCAGUUAUUUGUCAACCAACCCUAUUCUUAGUGAUCGGAACCUGUUUCCUUCCUUCUUCCGUACAAUCCCUAGUGAUGAGUUUCAAAUGAGGGGUCUGGCUCAGCUGGUGUCUUAUUUCGAUUGGUCUUGGGUUGGAUUCAUAGCUGAUGAUGAUGACUAUGGACAGUUUGGACUUCAGAUGGCGAAACAGGAAAUAAUAAACGCUGGAGCUUGUGUUGCUUUUGCUGAGAACAUCUUGAUUGGUCAACCCAACAGGAAUGCUCCACGACUUGUCCAGGUCGUAAGAGAGUCAUCUGUAAAAGUUGUGGUUGUGAUUGCAUCUGAUCAUAACUUUGUCAUUGUGGUGGAAGAGCUACUGAGGGAGAACGUGACGGAUAAAAUUUGGGUUGCCAGUGAAGGUUGGGCAACCUCGGCUCUACUCUCUCAAAAAAAAUUCCAAGUGGUUUUGGUGGGCACCAUUGGUUUUGCCAUUCAUGGUGCGAAAAUGCCAGAAUUUACCAAAUACUUCCAAAGACUUCAUCCGUUUCAAGAUUUUUACGACCCAUUCAUAGAAGAAUUUUGGGGACAAACAUUCUCAUGUAUUUUACUCAACCAGGGCAAUCCUGUUCAACUCAGCAGCAAUUCUACAAUCCAGACAUCUCAGAAAUCCCUGCUCAACGUAUUCGAUAAUAAGAGUUUUUGUGCAAGGCAAGGAAAACCUGAAAGAGCUUCUUGGUUGUACAUUAGAGAUGUUCCUCAAAGCCAACUGGUUUACCUUCUCCAUGGCAUGGAUUUUGUGUUUGCUACAGAGUAUUAUCAGUGUAUGCGUGCUCUUAUAUUUGCUGUAGAAGAGAUUAAUGCAGAUCCUGAUCUCCUUCCAAAUGUGACUUUGGGCUACCAGAUUUUGGACAAAUGCAUUACUUUGCAGCUAACGACCCAAACUGCUCUCUGGAUGCUAUCUGGUGGGCAAGAGAUGACACCCAAUUAUCACUGUGGCCAAGGGCCACCUCUUGCUGGUAUCAUUGGUGACUCUGCUUCCACACAUUCUAUGCUUAUGGCCCAGAUCUUGGGACUCUACCGAUACCCACAGAUCAGUUAUUUGUCAACCAACCCUAUCCUCAGCGACCGCAACCUUUUCCCGUCAUUUUUUCGUACUAUACCAAGUGAUGAAUAUCAAAUGAUAGGUCUUGGUCAGUUGAUAUCUCACUUUGGUUGGACUUGGGUUGGUCUCCUGGCCAAUGACGAUGACUAUGGUCAGUUUGGAAUGCAGAUGGCCAAACAAGAGAUAGUUAGUCUUGGAGGGUGUGUGGCUUUUUCAGAAAAUAUAGUGAUGGGUCAACCCAAUAAGAAUGCUCCACACAUCGCCCGGGUCAUUAAAGAGUCAACUGCCAAGGUUGUGGUUGUCAUAGCAACGGAUCCUAACUUUGUGAUUGUGGUAGAAGAGCUGUUGAGGCAGAAUGUGACUGGAAUCGUAUGGGUUGCCAGUGAAGGUUGGGCAAACUCCGCUCUACUCCACUACGUUAAAAAUGUGAACUUCAAGACCAAAGAAGGAAGCCAAGUCUUUUUUGAUGCAAAAGGGAACCCUCCAACCAUCUAUGAUAUUGUGAAUUGGCAAGAGAGUGCCAAGGGCGCCCUGGAACAGGUUGGAAUUGGGACUUACGACUUGAGCACUCCAGAUGGGAAGGCCAUGAAAGUGAAUAGUGGUGACAUUAUAUGGACCAAUAAUGAAACUCAGGUUCCUAUUUCUAAGUGCAGCCCGAAUUGUCAAACAGGAUACAGAAAAUUGAUUGUACCAGGAAAGCCAAUCUGCUGCUAUGAGUGUGCCCGGUGUCCACAGGGACAUUUUUCAAACCAAACAGAUGCUGCGGAAUGUCAUCCAUGUUCCUGGGACACGUGGCCCAAUCUACAGCAGGACAGAUGCCUACCAAGGCCUACAGAGUUCCUCUCUUUUCAAGAGCCACUGGGUUACAGCUUAGCAGUUGCAGCUAUCUUCUCUUCUCUGUCUCCACUUACUGUUUUGGGGGUUUUUAUUCAUUAUAAAAAUACUGCAAUAAUCCGAGCCAACAACUACUCCCUUAGCUGCCUUCUCCUGCUUUCCCUGUUCCUCUGUUUCCUUUGCUCUUUAGGGUUCAUUGGUUACCCACAACCUGAAAAGUGCCUUCUGCGCCAGGUGGCAUUUGGGAUGGUUUUUGCCCUCUGCAUCUCCUGUGUUCUGGCCAAAACCAUCACUGUUGUCAUUGCCUUUAAUGCAACCAAACCCGGCAGCAGGUUAAGAAAGUGGACAGGGAUAAAGGUCUCCUACUGUGUCAUUAUCUUUUGUGUCUUUAUUCAGUUAUGGAUUUGCAUACUGUGGCUGUUAUUUUUUCCUCCUUUCCAUGAACUUGAUUUAGAUACCAAACCAGGAUUUAUCAUAGUUACUUGCAAUGAAGGGUCACCCACUGCUUUCUGGUGCAUGCUGGGAUACCUUGGCCUCUUGGCCUCCAUCAGUUUCAUUGUUGCCUUCCUGGCCAGACGCCUCCCUGACAGUUUCAAUGAAGCCAAAUUGAUCACAUUCAGUAUGUUGGCUUUCCUCAGUGUGUGGGUGUCCUUUAUCCCAGCCUAUCUCAGUGCCCGGGGCAUGUAUACUGUGGCAAUGGAGGUCUUUGCCAUCCUGUCUUCCAGUUGGGCUCUGGUGGGCUGUAUCUUUGUGCCAAAAUGUUUCAUUGUAUUGUUCAGACCCCACAUGAACUCAAGAGAUUAUCUUAUGGGAAAAGGAAGGAAUCUAAAGUAA